AUGAAUACCAUCGAGGUUCACGACGACGUCGAGCAUCACGGUCACGCUGAUGUUGGAUUCACGCAGAUGUACUCGAUUCCAGAAUAUCUGGCCAUAACUCUUUUCCCCACCUCAGACAUUCCCAUCUCUGCAUUCGUCAAGUUUGCCAUUCCGUCCGUCACUUCCACCCAUCAGGCUGCUUUGCCAAGUGUUCACCAAUAUUUCUGCUUGGAACCUCCACACUCCAGCCCAAUUGAUCACGCUCAAACGAGUUCUGCGGCAGCCAUGGUGACAAACGCUGACUUCGACGUUGAAUCCAAGGUAGAUUUGAGUGCAGAUGGUUUGUUGGCAGUGUUGGCAGAAUCACGGCCUAAUGUGGACAGCACAGGGAAGGGCAAGGGCAAGGCUGAGGCUGAGGAUAUCGAUGGAAGCGAUGACAAGUGGCCGGAGGAUGCAUCCAAAAUCGAAUGGUAUCAUGAUCCUGAUGACGACAUGCCCAUCUCGCCCCAUCCUGAAUCCUCGUCUAAGGCUUUGCCCCCUGGCCCUCAUACACCUCAGGCAUUACUUCUCGGUAUCAUUAUAGACCUUUGA